AUGGAGGUAGCGGGAUUCUAUCUGAUUCUUAUCUUGAUCAUCGUCGCAGCUAGCUUUCUAAUCUGGCUCCUCUUCUCCGGUGUCUGGUCCUACCGCCGUCUAUGUCACAUUCCGACUCCUUCAAGACUCGCUGGCCUAUCGUACCUCUGGUUAGGAUAUAUUACCUGGAGUGGAAAGCAAUACUGGGUUCAUCGCGAUCUACAUAAAAAAUAUGGUCCCUUGGUCCGCAUUGGUCCAAAUGAGGUGAUGACAGAUGAUCCUGAGAUUCUGAAGAAGGUUGCAUCGACAAAUAGCACCUACCGCAGAGCAGAAUGGUAUCUGACGGGAAGGUUCAACCCCUACUUCGAUAACUUGUUCACUAUUCUUGAUCCAAUCCCACACCAGAAGGCCAAACAACGUUCUAUGCCAGCUUACUUGGGGAGAGAGACACCUGGAUUGGAUGUUAUCAUUAACGACAAGGUGAAACUUCUCAUUAAAGUACUGUGUGACCGACAUUUGACUUCUGAUCCCGGGCAAAAUCCGCCACUUGUCAAUCUAGGAGUGAUUACGAACUAUUUUACGAUGGAUGUUAUUACACACCUCGGGUUUGGUCACGAAACAGGAUAUCUCCGAGACGAUCAAGACCAUUAUCGCUUUCUUGAAGGUGUACGCAGACUCUGGCCUCAAAUGUCGACUGUUUCUGAGGUCCCUUGGAUGCGUAGGGCCCUGUUCUCGACCCCAAUGCUAAAGCUGUUCGGUCCAAAACACACAGACAAAGAGGGUUUCGGGGCGCUCAUGGGUGCUGCUCGCGAACAUGUUAAUCGCCGAUUCGAGUUGGGAGAGGGAAAGAAAAGUGACAUGCUGGAAACAUUUAUCAAGCUAGGGUUCAAUCGCCAGGAGUGCGAGUCUGAAGGGCUCUUUCUCCUGCUAUCUGGCACUGAAAGUACGGCAUGUGCUAUGCGCCAGAUCUUAGUCCACGCCAUUACUGCCCCAGCGAUAUACGAUAUGGUAAAGGAAGAGAUCAUGCGUGCCUGUCGCGAAGGGUCGGUGUCCUAUCCCAUCACCAUGGUGGAGGCCAAGAAGCUUCCUUGUCUCCAGGCCAUCAUCUAUGAAGGCAUUCGAAUGCGACCACCUUUGCUUGGAACUUUUCCCAAGGUUGUUCCAUCCUCUGGCGAAACGUUUCAUGGCCACUUCAUCCCAGCAGGGACGUCGAUUUGCACCAACGGGUCAUCAUUGUUGCGCUCCAAGACUCUAUUCGGGAACGAUGCCGAGGUGUAUAACCCCAUGCGAUUCAUUCAUCUAGAAAAAUCCAAACGUGAAGAGAUGGAGCGUAACGUGGAGCUUACGUUUGGUUAUGGACAAUGGAUGUGCGCCGGCAAGACAAUCGCUUUCAUGGAAAUGAACAAAGUAAUAUUCGAGUUACUCCGUCACUUUAACAUUCAGUUGGUCGACCCGUUGAAGCCCUGUGAUGUAAAGAGCUAUGGAGUGUUCCUUGAACCCAAUCUUUAUGUGCGCAUUACAAAAGAUCAGAACGUAUCUUUAGGAGUGAAAGCAUGAACUAGUCAGGGGGGCGACGGUUGCACUUUCUCUGCGUUUUGAGCCUACUUUUUGCCUUGCGAACGUAAAGCUCGAUCAGAGCACAUGUACUUAGGUGAAUAGGUACCAAUUCAUGUCCAUGUUCGAUACUGCAGAAUGUCGCAAACUUUGAGCUACUCGAUGCAGAAUCGUGUUUCUCAUAAUGCCCUUGAACAAUGACAUCAAGAAUCGUUGUCAGCCGACUGCCUCAGAUGAAUGUGAGACCAAUUAAGCAGCUAUUAGCCCAUUGGAUCACACAAACAUCUAAAGUUUUCCACCUUUACCGUGAUAUGAAGGCAAGCAUGUCGCCAAUGCUUUGCUAGGGCUAACGAACAUGUCCUAAUUACUUGGUAAGCCGGAGAAACAUUAUUGUUAAUAAAGUAACGACGUGAUAUCAAGCAGUUCCUAGCGCAUCGACCUAACCUCGGUCUUUCUUCC